UUAUACUACUUGAAAAAUGAAACGAAGAUUUCUUUCCGUUUCCGGCUACAAUUCUGGGUGAUUGUUGUUCUAUCAGUCAUGUGGAGAGGAUGCUGAGUUGAUGUGUUAACCUAGACCGACUGUUUAUUACUGUUACUGUAAGAAAAAUUACAAUAAACGAUUGCGAAGAUGGAUAACUUAGAAAUCGCAUAUGAUAGCGAUCAGGAAGUUUCGCAGAAUCACUCAAAAUUUCUCGAAGCUGUAACACAACUUGAUAAAAAGAAAAGAAUGGAUAAGGCGAAAAGAAGUGAGCCUACAUUAGAAGUAUCAGAGUUCCAUCUUGUAAAAAGUGGAAUAACCAACAAAAAUGCUGUAUAUUUACCAGAACUGGUCUCAUCAUUGGGACAAAAAGGAUAUCAGAGUCAAAUUACAAAAAAACUGCGAUCUAUUCAGCAAAAAAGUAAACCUAUUUCGAAACCAUUGGAAAAACCAUCUGCUGAAAGAGUAAAAAUGAAAUUUGGGUUCGAACGUACUCUGAAAGAUCUAGGAAAGUGGAAUGCUAUAGUUGCUAGAAACAGAACAGCAACACAGUUGUCCUUUCCAUUAAACACUUCUAAGAAAAAAUUAAAAAUCAAUCCUCUAACAGAGUUUUCAAAUGGAUUUAGACUGAAGUCUAAUUUACAACAAAAACUGGAAGCACUAGAACCAAAGCCAAAGGAACUUUCAACUAAGGAGAAUAGUGACAAUAAAGAUGAAAAGAAGGAAGAAAGAAAUAAAAUGACAUUGGAGGAUGUGAAAACAAGAAGAAACAAACUUGCAAGACUUAGGGCACAGCAGUCAUAUAAAGAAGCGAAAGCGCAACGUCUGCGCAAGAUUAAAAGCAAAAAGUUUCACCGCAUUGAACGGAAGAAGAAAAUUAAAGAGCAGUUGAUAGAGUUUGAAGAAUUACAGAAAACUAAUCCGGAAGAAGCCUUGGCAAGGUUAGAACAACUGGAUAAGAGUCGUGCGCAGGAACGAAUGUCAUUAAGGCACAAGAGCACGGGUCAGUGGGCUAAGAACAAACAGAUUAGAGCUAAAUAUGACAAAGAAACUCGACAGGUGCUUGCUGAGCAGUUGUCCAUUGGUAGAGAAUUGACGCAGAAAGUUGCGGUAAUUGAGGAUACUGAUGAAGAUGAAGAGAGUGAGGCACCUUUUAUACUUCCAAGCAAUAAUAAGAAAAUAUGUAACGAGAAGACUGAGACUAAGAUGAAAAAUAAACAAGAUACAGAAACUACUUCUUCCGGGGAUGUAGAAAAACUAGAGUGUAAUAAGGAAUCAGACUCUAAAACAUCAGAGACACUUAAAGCAAUAGAUGUAGAUGACAUGUUUGAUUCCAUGCUAGAAAAUAUAAGAUGUAAAGUUGACCUGAAGAUGCAAAAGAUAAAAAAGAACCUUGAGACGGAAAGCAAAGUGAAUAAGCUUAAGAAAGAGAAGAAUAAGAAGAAGAAGAACAGUGAUUAUAUACCGAGUCUUGAAUUUAAAGAGUCCAAGCAGAAACCGAUAUUGGAUCUUCCAUUGGAGGAAACCAUUUCUCUCUCCAGGGAAAAUUCUCAACAAGACAUAGAUCUAACAGGCUUGAAAACAUUAGCAAACACUGAGCAAGAACCCGCGAAUGAAAUCAAUGGUCAUACUGCGGACGUUAAUAUGCAGAAUUAUGCGCAAACAGAGCCACAAUAUUUGAAGACGCAGGUGCCGGAUUUAGAUACAGGUGGAGAGGACGUGAUGGACGACAGUGAGCAGGAAGAGGAGACUCAGGAUGUAAUGGAUGAGGCAUUUGCGGACGACGAGUUCGCUGAGGAAUUUAGGAAGGAGAAGGAGGAGGAGAUUAAGAACUCGCAGCCGCAGGACAUCGAUAAGAGUCUGCCUGGAUGGGGGAAAUGGGCGGGGACGAACAUCAUGGUGCGUAAAACGAGGCGUAAGAACAAACGAUUUAUAGUGAAGUUUCCCAAAGACGCGCCGCGUAAAGAUGAGAACAAAGGCGAUGUGAUAAUCUUUGAGGGUGCGAAUCAGAAGUUGAAGGAGCACCUUGUCAGCGAACUGCCAUAUCCAUUUACUACUGUCCAGGACUUCGAGGCGAGCAUAAGAGCUCCUCUGGGUAGGAGUUUUGUGCCGGAAAACGCUCAUAGACGAUUGAUUCAACCAUCGGUAGUUACAAAGUCCGGUCAAGUGAUCGAACCUAUGACCGAGGAUGUGUUAGUAGAGAAGCAGCCGUCAGUGAAACGACGUAUCGAUAAGCAGAAAAAGAAAAGCAUGAAGAAUAAAAAGAGAUGCGAGUAGAUGCACUGUGUAAAAUAAAACCUACAGGCUGCAUUAAAUGAUUAGUUUUGUUAUUAAAUAUAAAAAAAACUAUCAUUAAGGAAUUGUUAAUACUGUUAAUCUUACAAAUAUUAACACGAUAUGUAAUUUAAUAUUUGUUGUCAAUAACGAUUGAUUUCACAAGGA